UAACUUUUGAACUUGUUUGUUUAUAUCAUUAUUUCGGACAUUUUGGUUUGUCUUUGGUUUGGUAUUUUGGUGCUCCUUUUGUCUUUGGUUUGGUAUUUGGGAGUUUUGCUCCGGGAACCUACAAAAUUGAAGAACGACAUUUGGUCGAUUAUUUGUGAAUUACGAAUAAACUUGGUACCUGAUUUGGAUUUUUGGUUCUCUUGCCUACUUGGGUUCGUAAUUUGCAAGUAGAUCGAUAGUCCGUACUUCAAUAACUAGAACGAGCAAAACUUGGACAUAACAUAAAGUUCUUCAAUUUUUGGUUCUGUGUUCAUACCUUGGGUUUUCUGGAUAUUUUGGGUCCGAAUUCCUGGUCUUAUUGGUCGAUUUCGUUUGGAUUAAUUCAGAUUUGUUUUGGCAAUUGAUUAUUUGGAACAACAAAUACGAUGGAAACACGGAGUAAAAGGCUGAAGGAAAAUGACGAAAUGGAUGGUAACAUUUCUAAAGCUGUUUGUGGUAUGUCUGAUGUUAUUGAUGAUAAAUGUGAUGAUGUUAGUCUUAAUAGUAUGUCCUCUAGCCAGCUAAGUACUUCCAGAUUAAAGUUAGAUAAGGCAUUACUGAGGAAAAGGAAUUUAGAGAAGAGACUUGAGUUAGAACGGCAACUUAAGAUGUUAAAUCUACAAGAAGAGGUUGAUAUCGCUGAACUAGAAUGCAAGGCCAUCGAGGACGAUGGACGAUUACCCGUAGAUAAAUGUGCGACAAAUGCUAAAGUGGAAAAUUAUUUGAAUCAUGAUACUGGGUGUAAUAAUCACUCUGGGAAGGUCUGUAACAUCUCAAAUGUCGAUUGGGUUGAGGAACUGAAGGACACGUUACAUACAAUGGUUAGUAACAUGUCUUUACCUAAGAUCGAUAUGAUGUACUUUGAUGGGCAACCAGGUCAGUAUUACCGUUUCAUUAGUCAGUUUAAUAGCCUUAUAGAGAGUAAAUUGUCAGAUAAGGGCCAAUUGUUGUCGUAUUUGUUAUACUAUUGUAAGGGAAAGGCCAGGACAGCUAUUGAAGCUUGCAUUUCAUUGCCCAUUCAUCUGGGUUAUGAUAGAGCUAAACAGAUUUUGUAUGAUUUAUUUGGUAAAGAACAUCUUGUUGCACGAGAACUAAUUAUUGAGUUAUUAAACCAUAAAUCGGUCGGAGGAUCAGCUGACUUAUUAACUGACUUUGCGAUUAAAUUGCGUAAUGUAUGUAUAACGUUGAUGGAAAUGGGAUACAUGUCUGACGUUAAUUCUACGGCUAAUUUGGAGGUAAUAGUUUCAUGUCUACCACUAGAAUUGCAGAAUAAGUGGGUGGAAGUCGCCGAUAAAAUCAUGAUGCAUGGGAAGGAGCCGAGCUUCGAAGAAUUUGUGGUCUUUGUAGAAGAGAGGGCCAGAAUUGCCCGAACCCGUUAUGGUAGAUUAGUACAGUGUAACUCAAGGUUCGGUAAAAGGAAUCCUGAAGGCCAAGCUGAUAAGAGAUCACGCUUUCAUGCAAUCAGACGAGACCCAAAUAACUCAGUCAAGGUAACACGUUGUGAAAUCUGCGUAGGUGAUCAUGAGGCGACAGAUUGUCCAAGGUUAGCAAAAAUGAAUGUAAAAGAAAGGAGGCAGGAGGUAAGAAAACGUGGUCUAUGUUACUUAUGUUUAAGGAAAGGUCACAUAGCUGUGACAUGCAACUCAGGCAUCAAGUGCGACGUUGAGAAUUGCAAGGUUGGGCAUAAUUCAUUAUUGCAUAUUGAUAGUAUUGAUAACCAUGUGGUGAACCUAAAUAAGGAUUGGAACUCCUCAAAGGUUUGUUUGGGGAUCGUUCCAGUCAGACUAUACGGUCCCAAAGGAUGUUUGGAAACAUAUGCACUUCUAGAUAGUGGUUCGGACACUUCUCUUGUAUGUGAAGAAUUAAUUAAUCAGUUGGGUAUCAAAGGUAAAGAGACUUCGAUAAAGGUGGCUACUGUGAACGGAACUACCAAUUGUGAAUGUUUGGAGGUAAAUUUAGAGGUAUUUUCAUUAGAUGAACGGGGUUCUAUAAGGAUCAACAAAGUUUACACGACCAAGAAACUUCCGAUUGAUCAUGCAGCCCCUUUAACCGAACUCCAACUGAAGCGGUGGAAACAUCUGAAGGACAUAACCCUUCCUAGGUUGCAAAGUAAUUUCGUAGGAAUAUUGAUUGGGUGUGAUGCUCCGGAUGCACAUUGGGUCCUGGAACAACGUCUGGGGGACAGGAAGCAUCCGUUUGCUGUGCGUACUCAUCUUGGUUGGAUGAUUAUAGGUCCUAAGGGAGUAUCAAGGUCUCUACAUCAAGUUCAGUGGUGUCAUUGUUCCACUAAUGAUAUUUUGCGAGAUUUAGAAAGACUAUAUAAUCAUGAGUUCGAGGAUACAGAUACGUUUCGUAAUGGAUAUUCUGUCGAAGAUAAAAAGCUCUAG